AUGCAGCCAUCAGCAUCUGCAUCCGCUCAGCAUCAACAUGUGAUCCCUUAUACCCACAGCGCUGUCGACAAGGGCAAGCGCAGAGCCCUCGACUGUCCCACUCAAGAUCCCCCAAUCAAUGCUUUCGAUCCCGAAGGUGAAGGCGACGGCGACGACGAUGAUGAUGAAUGGUGCCUCAUCUGUCACACAACCCCCAUUGCCGAUCGCACCUUCCUCCCUGCCUGUCUGCACUCUCAGUUCUGCUUCGUCUGCAUCCUGCGCUGGAUCGACAUCAAACGUACCUGUCCGCUGUGUCUGCGUCCCAUCGGGAGUUUUGUCAUCCACAGCGUUCGGUCAGACGGCGAUUUUCUGCGAUACCAUCUUCCUCCUCCACCACCAUCGCCACUCGUCCGAUCAGCACCGACGACGACGAGUGCAUCGAGUAGCCGACGCGAGAUCACGACUCGAGUUCAGCGUGCGCGAUCCACCCGCGCAUCGCACACCGAUCCCUUGCAAACGAACGUUCUCGCGUUCCGAAGGUUCGUCUAUCGAAACAGCCUGUACGCGCACCACAUCGGAUCCAACCCCCGCACCGGCUUCUCCGCAGCUCCCACUCCUGCCAGGAUCAAACACGACACGAGACACGUCGCCGGUGAAAUCGUCGCGAGGAUAUCGACGUUUUUGAGGAGAGAGCUGUCGCUCUUCGAGGGGGUGGAUGUCGAGUUUGUCACGAAAGACCCAGCGCGAGAGUUGUCGUCGCGAAAUGAAAAGGCUCCUAGGUGUGUGCAGCAUGACUGUGCCGACCUCAAAAUAGUGGCAGCAGAGGCGCCCUUUCGUUGUUGA